AUGAGAUGUAGUCAGCUAGAAACAAUCACAUUUGAAGGAUCAUAUGGUGUUAUACUUGGCAUUCUUAAUUUCAAUGGCUGUGGAAAAUUGAAAACAGUAAAAAUGGUUAAUGUUACACAUAUUGGAGAAAAUUGUUUUUCAUCAUGUCCAUCAUUACAAACAAUUGAGAUUCCUGAUACAAUUCAAUAUAUUAAUGCGCGUGCAUUUGCUGAUUCAGGAAUUGAAAACAUAACAUUUUUAGGAAAUCCUCCAAUUAAAAAAAUUGGAGCAAACACAUUUAAUGGAGCAACUAAACUUCGAUACAUCACAUUACCACAUUCCAUCGAAGAAAUAGGAACUAAUGCAUUUGAGUCAACGAAUUUAUCAACAUUCACAGUUCCACAUGAUACAAAAUUAAUCUCAGAUUAUGCAUUCAAAAACUGUUAUAAUCUUGAUAAAUUCAUCAUUGGUGAAAACAGUUCAUUCAAAUCACUUGGUUACUUUGUUUUCGAAGGAUGUACAUCACUUCGUCAAUUUGUUUGCAACGACAGCAUGUACUUCACAGUCGACAGCAAUGCUCUUUUCGAUAAGAAUAAGACAGUACUUGUCUGCUUCCCUCCCGCAUCACCAUACAAGUUCUUCUACAUCCCAUCUUCAAUCAGAAAUAUUUCAGCAGGUGCAUUCCUCGGAUGCAAGAAUCUUGUCAACAUCCUUAUCCCAGAUAACUCAGUUGAAACCAUCUACCACUAUGCAUUUGCAGAUUGUACAUCUCUCACUCACAUCAACAUCCCUAUUUGUGUUAAAACUAUCCAGACACAUGCAUUCUCUAACUGCAUCCAUCUCACAUGUGGCAUUGACAUAGAGAACAAAACGGAAUCAUUUCUUGAACAUCUUUAUCGAGAAUGUCAUCUUAAUCGAGACUCUAUCAAAUCAUGUAGCAUCAUCACAUGCAAGAAGUCUAAUCACUACCGAUAUUUCACAUCCUUCUAUGUCUUCACACUUAGUGAAGGUACUAAACUCGGUUUAUUUUAA